CUCCCAAGUACCCCCCGGAAACACCUGCCUCUUGUUUUGAGUUGUGCCCGCCCUUCCUUUCUUCUCCUCAGAUGCCACCCUGUCUCACCAUCCCCCACCACGCCAGCAACCCCUCCUCACUAUAUUAACCAACACCCUCCAAUUCAUCCCCCAACACCAUUGGAACUCAACCCCAAAGGACACCCACUACUACACCCAAAUCUCCACACCUUGUCUUCAUUCAGUCAUCACCACCGAAAAGGCCCAGAGAGAAUGAGUUCGACAAGUAGAGCUUGGGUCGUUGCAGCCAGCAUCGGAGCUGUGGAAGCACUCAAGGACCAAGGCUUCUGCAGAUGGAACCAUGUUCUCAGAUCGCUCCACCAGCAUGCCAAGACCAAUCUCAGAUCUUAUUCUCAGGCCAGGAAUCUCUCUUCUCCUGCUUCAUCCGCGGUUAACAAGACGAUCGGUGAAGAGAAGCUGCGGCAAUCUGAGGAGUCCUUCAGAAAAGUCUUGUACUUGAGUUCUUGGGGACCCUGUUGAGUCACUUCCUUCAUCUUCAUUGAGGAGUUGUAAUUAGACUAAAAAAUACAGACAUGAGGAUGUAUUUCUUCGUUUACAUUCCUGCCUAGCAAUAUCAGAUUGUCGGGCCAAGAAGUUCUCUGCCCCCAUCUUCUUCGGCCGUGGCCAAAGAGCUUGAAGCGCCUGGAUGAGUCCCCCAAUUAACGAUCAUCCAUCUCACUUGCCGGGGCCCCGAGUCUACCGGGUCUUAGGAAAUAGGGACUCUGACAUCUGCAGUAGAGAGAGAGAGAGAGAAAUAUAGAGAGAUUUGCAUUCUUGAAGUGCUAAAAUGUUGGCAAUGGCAAUCUGGGUUUGUGAAUCAUUCGGUGAAGCGUAUUGGAAAAGUUGGGAAUCUUGAAUUAGAGAAGCCUGAAUGUCAAUUUCUUGCCCCUGAUUCUGCGG